GAGUGUGGGGGCAGCGGAGUGGCUGGAGACAGGGCGACUGGCACUCUACCUGCUGGGGCUACGAGCCACCUGUCUGCCCCCUGAGCAAGGUUCUAAGGGCUUCCUGGUGACGUGGCUCAAGUACUACCUGGAGAAGGACUGGACGGGCUCCCUGCAGCUCGGCCACCCCCACACCAAUUACUACCAGUACGGGUUGGGUGUGCUGGCACUGUGUGUGCAUGGCAAACGUGUGCCCGAGAAGGUGAUCCGCCGGCUCCUGGCAGCACAGCACCACAGCAGGCUCAGGCAUGGAGGCAGCGCUGUGGACAUGGAGGCAGUGGCAGCACUGGCCUUCACCUGCCUGGAGCGGAGGCACCUGGUGCGGGGCAGGCUGGGCACAGAGCUGCGCAAAGCUGUGCAGAGGACACGCAAGAGCAUGGCCCAGGCACAGGGCAUGGACGGGGUCAUUGGCAACAUCUACAGCACCCCUUGGGCUGUGCAGGUGUUCCUGGCCACGGGCACGUGCCAGACGGACACAGCAUACAGCCGGGCUGUGGCUGCAUUGCUGCAGCCCCUUGAAGCCUUUGGCACCGCUGGCACCAUCGGACCAGUGCUGCCAGCACUGCACGGCCGCUCCUACCUGGACAUCGCCUCCAUGGAAUGCCGGGAGGAGUCGGACACACUGACCCUCCUCAAGAUCAAGCCCCCGAAUGAGGCUCCAGGGAUGAAGACAGUGCAGCUGGUGGUGGAGUGUGCCCAGCCCUGGUGUCUCCAGCGUGAGCUCUACAACCAGUGGGUACCUGCACCUGCCACUGCCUCCCUCCUGGACGUGCUCCAGGAGGCUGCCAAGCAGGAGCCCCACAACUUCACGUUCCAGACGCAGGACACUCUCCAGGGCCCCUUCCUGACCCAUGUGCUGCCGGGUGUUGCUGACUACAUUCCUCGUGUUGGGGAGACCCUCAUCCUGCGCCUCAGCAAGUGGUAG